CCAUCACUAACAACUAUCGAUGGCGUUGCUCCCAUUUGUUGUUUCGCAGUGUGUACACACUGGCACCCGACCAUUUUUAAUUCUCAUAAGAAAAACACAUUUAACUCUCGAGUUCUGUUUUCUGCUUCGAUUUUCGCCGUGCGUGUGAACCGAUACGAAAUACGCCACCCAUGAGCUGGACAGUGCAAUUGAAUUAGUGUCCAAUUGUCCAGUGCACGCCGCUGCCUGAUGGAUGAAAAUGCUGCCUGCAGCCGCUUUAAAGUGUCAGUAUCAUUGUCCUGGGCUGCCCGAAUUCACCAUCCCCCCCUCCUUCCAUUCCAUGCUUCCAUGGUCCUCCCCCGCCCUUGUGGCACCCUCCCCCCUCGCACCGUUCUACGCACGCAUCGAUUUGGGCUAAACGUUAGAUACCUCCUAACGCAGUUGUUAGGGUGGAAAAAAAUAAUACACGAGCAUAGUAAAUAAAAAAAAUAAAAAAAAUCAAAUCGAAAAAAAAUGAAAAUAAUGAAUUGAUGUGGAAGUCCCGGUGUAGUUUUGUUUUCAUUUUGAUUUUGUUUUAAUCGCGUGGUGGGCCAGAGGAGCGUAAAAAUGCAGGGGCCACCUCCAAAGAAGCAGAAAAGGAGAAAGACGAAAAAAAAAACCCCAAACGAAAUACGAAAAAAAAAGUGCAAUACGAACUGUGUGAAACCGAUAACAAGAAUUGAACAUCAAAGCGAGGCGGAUAAACGAAAACGAUCCGACGGGGACAGGAUUAGGAACAGGAAAGAGGAUAAAAUUUUGUGCAACGAACCGCUUGAUCCAGUAGUGGCUUCCACAUGAAGACCAUGUCGCGCUUCGGCCUGCGCCGCGGCUUCAAGCUCUCCGAGGAGCAGCAGCAGGUCAAUGGCAAGACCGGCGGGAGCAGCGCCCUGGCGGCCACGGCCUCGGCCACGGCCACGCCCCCAAAUCCAACAGUCGCCCCUCAGCCGCGUAAGAAACGGCAAUUGGCGGAGCCACCGGAACCCGACCCGUCACCAGGAGCUGGAGCUGGAGAUCCCCAUUCGGAUCAGCAGGACAUGAUGAUGAUGAUGCAGGAUUAUCAGGAGCAUGAGAGGGAGCCGUUGUCCCUCAUCUGUAGUCUGCCGCUGGAACGGUUGCCACGUCUGGUGGAGAAGCUGCAGUUGCUCAACGAGGAGAGGCUGGAACGGGAGAGGGAGCGGGAGCGGGAGCGAGAGCGAGAUGAUGGCUCCUCCAGCUAUGGCCAUUCAAAGGUCCUGUGUCUGUACUGUGAUAGGAAGUUUGCGUCCAGCAAGCUGCAGGCCAAGCAUGUGGACAAGUUCCAUACGGAGCGGCAGGAGCGACGCUGCAGCGGACGCUCCACCAGCUCCACCAACACUCAGUGCACUAGCUCCGGCUUCCCCGGCUGCCAGAUUUGCGGCCCGCCGGCGAGUCGCCGCUCCCAGGCCACUCCCCCCCAGAUCUGCCUGCCGCCGAAGCAUCUGGAUCAGCUGUUCCAGCACCUGACCGAACAGCAUGCGGACAAGUACUUUGGCUGUCAGUCGUGUCGGUUGCGCUUCCCGGACGCCGAUCACCUGGCCGGCCACCAGCGGCAGCUCCAUCACCAGCCCACACCCAGCCACACGCCCCUGACCCCGGAAUCUGUUGCCACCCACAAGCCGGGUCUGAUGGGCGCCGAUGAGCCGGUACUCUUCCGCUUGGGUCUCACCCAGAAUCGGUUGCCCGGCAAUCGAAAUCGUGGCCAGCGCAAGGAGGAGGAACCACCGCCCCUGGCCAUGCCAGCCAGCAAGUCGAGGAGCAGCAGCCGGGCGGCGGCCCAAAGGCAACAACAACAACAACAGCAGCAGCAGCAGCUGCAGCUACAGCACCAGCAACUGCAACAACAACACCAGCAGCACCAGCACCACCACCAGCAACAACAACAACAACACCAACAGCUCCAGCAACAACAAGUGCUCCAACAGCAAUCCCUACAGACUAUAUCGUUGCCAUCGCAGCAGGAUGGAUCCAUGCAUCAGGAGGGGAUCUUCCGGCUGCCCAGUGUGGCGUCGGCGGCAGCUGCCUCCGUCUUUGAUGUCAACUUCUACCGGGAUGUGGUGAACAAUGUGCGGCACAACCUGCAGAAUCAUCUGGACGGACGGAUAUUCAGCACGAGCACUUCCAGCAGCACCUCCGGCGCCGUCAAGCAGGAGCUGUUCCUGCUGCACGGACCCAGUACCCAUACAAUGGGUGCUGGCGGAGCCACAUAUCCCACACUGCUGACCGCCGAGCAGUUCGGCGGCAGUGGAGCCGGCAGUGAACUGCUGCCGAUGGCCAAGUUCCGGCGGCGGCCGCACACGAAGCACAGCUGGAAGUGGAAGUGGGACUACGUGAAGAAGUUCACCCUGAUCAACGAGGGCGGGCGGCUGGUGAAGAAGCCGAAGCAGCCCAGCUGCCUGGGCCAGCGCGAUCUCUCCAAGCUGGACAUGUGGACGCAGCUGACGAUGCGCCAGAAACACGAUCUCUCCUCGCUCUCCCUCACGCUGGCGGAGCAGGAGCUCGACCAGGAGCAGCGCCGCCUCCUCGAGCAGCUCAAUCUGAUCCUCGACCACCGCCUCCUGCCCCACAUCAUCCUGGAGCAGAACGAGCAGGCGGUGAUCAAGUGCGAGCAGGACGAUGACGAGGACGAGGAUGACGACAGUGGCGGCGGCAUCAUUGGUGGAGGAUCAAGGCACCGGGAUCCGGCGGAUGAUCUGCUCACCCAGGGAUUCGCCGACGAGGGAUUCCUCUCCCUCCUCCAGCUCCAACCAAAGUCGGCCAGUCGGAGCACCGGCGGCCACUUGGUGCGCAGCCACACGGAGGCGGUGAGGAGCGGUGGCGGCGAGGAGCAGAGGAUUCGGAGCCGGCUGGUGCUGAGCGGAGAGUGGGCGCGGCCGCGUCUGUACCUGUGCAUCUGCUGCGGCGCCAAGUUCGACCAGCGCAAGUCCCUGGAGGAGCACAAGACCUUCCGCCACUCGCACAUCUAUGCCACCCACUACGAGGUGGUCGGCCGGGAGCUGCUGGCCGGGAAUCUCCUGCGGCACCUGUUCAUACCGAAGCGGGCGCUGGGACGCUUUGCCGCCGCCACCAACUGCCUCCGGUGGCCGCAGGUGGGACAGGUGUCGGCGGCAGCCGGGUCGGCGGGUCAGCUGCCCAAACAGGAGCCGGAACGCCUGCAGCCGGAGGAGGAGACCCGCUCGUCCGCCUCGUCGCGCUCCUCCUACGAAGUGUCCACCCCGACGCCGCUAUCCGGCCUGGAGCAGCAGCAACCGUCACCUGCCUCGGCCUCCGGAUCCGGUUCCGGCGGCUCCUCCUGCUCACCCAGCUCAUCGUCCGCCUCCACCCCCAUGUCCAAUUCCAUGUCCAUGUCGAUGUCAAUGUCCACAUGUACCAGCUCCACCAACACCUGCUCCACCUCCUCCUUCUCCGGCUCGUCCGCCUCCGCCUCCGCCCCGUCGAGCUGCACCAAGUGCGGGCGCAAGUGCAGCGGCCUCAUGGAUCUCUACCGGCACAUGCUCGACUGCUCCGGCGACUACGUGUGGUCGCUGGCCAAGAAGCGCAAGUACCGCUACUACUGCGGCACCAAGAAGCGUCGCGCCUUCUCCAAGAAGCCCCUCAAGCAGUUCUCCGCCCGCAAGAAGGAGAAGCUCGAGGUGGAGGUGGAGGCCGAUGGGGAGGCGGACGCCGACGAGGGCGAUGUGGCCGAGGGGGAGGAGAGCGGCUCCGGGUCGUCCAAGUUGAAGAACUCCCCCCGCCAAAGGCCCAGCGAUGCCGAAUCGAUCCGGAAGAUGCUGGAGAACCUGCCCGCCAAACGCGUCUGCAAGAAGAUCUUCCCCGUGGACAACAAGGCCAAGCGGAAGGCCAAGUCCAUGGUCAAGUCCAUGGCCAAGUCGCUGGCCAAGUCGAAGGUCAAGUCCAAGUCGAAAUCCAAGCAGCAGCGCAGCAGCACCAAGCGGAUCUACAACCAGCAUCUGUUGCGGACGACGCGCUCCCGGUCCAGGUCGUCGCUGGUGGCCACCGCCUCCUCGGGACGCAAGCAGAAGCAACAACAGCAGCAGCAGCAACAGCAGAAGAAGCUCCAGAAGCAGAAGCGCCAGCAGCAGCGACGGGCCAAGCUGGAGCGCGCCUCCAAAUCCCCGCCAGAAUCGCCAGACCAAGUGGCCAGCAAGCAGGAGCCGGGGAAAGUCAAUACCACCACCAACACCACUACCACCACUGCCAUUGUCCAAACCAAGUCAAGAUCUCCCGCUGAGGACCGGCCCCCGCCACUGGCGCUAUCUCUUCCACUGCCCGAGGCAGUCAACCCGCUGCCGAUGGCCUGCCACGAGUCGGAACCGGCCUCGCCCACGCCCAGCAAACAACUGAUGCCCACGCCGCCCACCACACCGGCGCCGGCCACCAAGUCGCCGCCGGUCCUGGCCGCCACUGCGCCGGCGGCGACGGCAGCCUCCACUCCCCGCCUCGUCACCCUCAACCCGAACGUGAAGCGGAGCAAGCGGAUCAGCGACUGCAUCGCCAUGCUCACCGGCAAGCUGGAGGAGAAGCUCAAAACGGAGCAGGUGCCGCCGCCGAAGGAGAAGCCGGCCAAGGAGAAGGAGAAACUGGAGGAGGAGCUGAAGCCCAGGGAGCUGCCAGAGCCCGCCAGGUCAACGCCGGAGGAGCCACUGCAGCCGAAGACGCCCAAGCGGAAGGCGGUCUCGCGGAGAAUCAUCAAGAUGGACGUGACGCCGGCAGAAGCCCCAGGCGAGGUGGAGAAGCCACCGGUGGUGGUGGAGGUGCGAGAGCUAGUCGAGAGGAUUCCGCAGCCACAACCGCCGGUUGAGGUUUCUGCUCCAGUCCUGGCCGCUGCUCCUCCGCCGCCGACCAUGCCACUGCCUAAUGCUACCUCUGCCGCUCCGCCGCCGACUCUGGCGGCCACUCCCGUUCCUGUUCCUGUUCCUGUUGUGCCGGUGCCCGUGGAAGUGCCGCUUCCGGUUCCACCGGCGCCUCUGCCCCCCACCCGGCGUACGCCCACCAAAGCGGCCGCCAAGCAAAUGGUGGCUCCUCCCCCGCCGGCCAAACCCUCCUCGCUGGCCGCCCUGAAGCAGUACCCGCCGCUGGAACCUCCGCAGCUGCCGCCCCCGAUGGCGCUGCCGGCACAGGUGCCACUGCCCCCCGCCAACCCGGCCGCUGUUCCUCUUCCGUUACCUUUGGCCAUGACCGGGAUGCCCGGGAUGUCGGCGCCGUUGGCAGCUCCGCUGCCCGUUCCGGUGAAGAUGCUGCCGAAGCUGCCGCUCUACGUGCCCCAGAUGCCCCAGGGGAAUCCGGCUGCUCCGAAUCCGAUGCCCACGGCUGCCAAUCCCCCGGCCACUGCCAUGUACGUGAUGGAGCCGCAGCCCCUGAACCUGACCAGCCAGCGCGGCGUCCUCCAGAAGCCGCUGAUGGGGGUGGGAGUGCAGGGGGAUCCCGGCCUGGUCGGAGCACCGCAUCAUCGGGCUGGUGGCAUGCCUGCCAGGCGGCAGACGAUCUGCGGAUUCGAGGCGCGCAACCUGCUAAGCCUGGAGAUGGACAUGGAGCCGCUGGACCUGUCCAAGAAGUCCAGCCGGAAGUCGUCGCCCGUGCCGCCGCCGAGGAUGCCCCAGAUGCCAUUGCCUCUAGUCACGGGAGCUGCUCCGCCAGUGCCGGCAGUUCCUGUCCCGGUUCCCGUUCCAGUCGCCGCCGCUCCCCUGCCGCCCCUGCCGAUGCCCAUGCCGGGAGCCGCUCUGGCGGCGCACUACUACUCCAACCUGGACCUGCUGAAGAUACCGCAGGUGCGCAAUCCCGGCACCGGGGUGGUGGUGGCCUCUGUUGUGCCGCCGCCGGUUCCAGUGCCCGUGCCCGUGGUCUCCGCUCCCGCCAAUCCCCUGAAGACUUCCAGCGGCAAGAAGCGCUCGCUGGAGAGCUCCGCCGGCGCCAAGAAGGAUCAUGGCAAGGGUCAGCUGAAGGCGUGUCCGCGGAUGGACGAGGUGGUGAACAAUCAUAUCGACGAUGCCAUCAAUUCGGUCAUUCUGGCGGGACUGCCGGACGAGGACUACGAGGAGGAGCAGAAGGAGAAGGAGCGGGAAAGGGAGAGGGAACGGGAGCGGGAGAGGGAGAGGGAGAGGGAUCGUGAACGGGAACGGGAACGAGAUCGUGAGAAGGAAAGGGAGUUGGAGAAGCUGGAAAGACUCCGGAGACUGGAGGAGCCGUUCGUCAAGUCGGGCAGCUCCAUCCUACCCAUGGCACCCGCUGGGGGGCUGUUGUUGCCGCCCGUUCUGGAGAAGCUACCUCUUCCUGCCCCUCCCCCGGCACAGCUAACCGCUGUUCCUGCUCUGCCGCCGGUGGAGGUGGCCCCGGCUGUUCCGGCCACGCCCACUGUUCCGCUGGCCCUCGCCGCUACAGUUCCCGCUGCUCUUCCGGCCCCAGCCAUUGUCGCCACUCCGGUCCUGGUGCCCGCCCCAGAUCUUACCCCCGUUUUUACGCCAACUCCCGCUCCGGUUCCGGCUCCGGUGGUGGCCUCGCCGGCUCCUCAGAAGAACCUGACGCCCAAGAAGCGCUCCAUGCGCUCCCGCACCAUCGACUGUCGCUCUGCCCUGCUGCCCCUGGACGAGAUUACGCCCGCGGCUGUUUCCACUCUCCCGCUAGCCGUGAACGGUGAUCUCAAGGAGGUGUGUCCAGUGCCCGUGGCAGUGCCUGGAAGGCGAAAGGAUGCUGCUCUUCCACCCGCCCUAGUUGAAGACCAUAAGCUGGAGCCGAUCCUGCCCGCCACUCCACCGCCUGCAAUGGAGCCAGUGCCGGAGACGGAGGUCCCGCCACCCGCUCCCGUGCCCGUCUCCGUGAUCUCGGUGGCGCCGGCGAUUCCCAGCCAGCAUCCCCCGCGCAGUGCCACGCCCACCAGCACCCAGCACGAGACGAACUGCAGCUCCCUGCUGGAGGAGCAGAACAGCAGCAACAUGAACAACAACACCUCGUCGGGCUUCCACAGUCUGGCGCAGUCGGAGCAGCCGGUGACCAGUACGGCGCCGCCGUCGGAGGAGCCCACGCCCGUCGAACCGCCGCCGGAGGUGGUGGUCGCCAAGGAGCCGGAGGAGGAGGUGCCCGUGAAGAAGAAGCAGCGGCGUAGGCGGAAAAACGAGCUGGCGGCCAUCGUGGCGGACCAGCUACUGGAGAGUUUCAAGAUCGACAACGCCCGCCGGGACAACCUCAAGAAGCUGGAGAACCUGGCGUACGAGAAGAGCGAGGACCUGCUGCUCACCGGGAUGCUGCUGAUGUCCAGCACGAAGCGUAACGCCGCCCUCGCUCCCGCCGCCAAGCUGGCCAAGAACGAAGCGGCUUCCGUGACGGAAUCGGCUCCCAAUCCGCCGGCACGUGGCAGGCCGAAGCGGCGCCAGAGCUGCUACUAUCGGCGGGGCAAGGCGGCGCUGGAGGGGAGCAAGGGCGCAGGCGGCGGCGGCGGAGGAGGGACGACGGGCGGAGGAGUCACCAACGACAACAUCAGCCUGCUAAAGUCCUCGCUGGAGUCCUUCUCCAUCGGGAUCGAGAAGCAGCUGAAGCAGCGCGAGGCCAAGGAAGCCAAGGAGGCCAAGGAGCUGGGGGCGUCGGUGGCCCAGCUGCCGGUCAGCUCCAUCCUGCGCCCCAGCAUACUGAGCAGCGCCGCCGCCCGGGAUCCGCGCGGCCAGCAGAAGCCUCCAACUGGCAAGGCCUCCCGGUUGCAAGAGAAGCAGGAGAAGAUCACGGCUCCGGCCGCGGCAGCUCCGCCAACCUUCAGUCGAGAUCCACGGCUGAACAAGAACAUCCACAAGGCCGGGCAGCCGGCCACCGAGCAGCCAAAGCAGUCGGCCCAUCCCGGCGAGAAUCCCAAUCCCGAGGAGGAGGACAACUACUUGACGGAAAUCGCCAAGAACGUGAACGAGAAGAUCAUGUCGGCCACCACCAACGAGGACUUUGAGUUCGCCAACGACGAGUUCGACGAUCCGGAUGCGGACGCGGAGGGGGAUGGUGACCAGGACCUGGACCAGGACAACGACCGCUACCGCCCGCCCACCUCGAUGAGCGUCCGCAGCGCCCCCAACCUCAACGACGAGCACUCCAACUUCGGCUCCAUGUGCGACGACAACACCAACACCGAGGUGAUGGACAUGGACCUGGACGACGAGAUGAGCGUAUACACCAGCUACUCCCAGGACCUGGGCCGGGGCGGACGCGGCAGGCGCCGGCGCAGACGCCGCAGUGUCCUGUUCACCCGGCGGCCCAAGAAGCGGCCGCAGCGGAGCGAACUGGACGCAGAGAAGUACGGGUGCCAGCUGUGCGGCAAGGCCUUCUUCACGGCCACCUCGCUCUCCAAGCACAACAUGACCCUGGCCCAUGUCUCCAAGCUCUCGGCCCAGGAGUACCUGCAGUCGCAGACGGCGCCCUCCAGUCCGCAGGAUCAUCGCGACCUGGAAAGGGAGAAGCAUCCCAUGGAGCACCAGCUGCGGCCAGAGGAGCCGCCAUCCCUGGCGGUGGCCCAGCAGCAGAUGCGAGCCUCGGUCCUGAUGCUGCCCUCGCAGAUUGGCCACUCGGAGCGGGAGAGGGAGCGAGAGAGGGAGAGGGAGAGGGAACGUGAAAGGGAGCGAGAGCGAUAUCUACUGGAGCAGGAACGGCAGCUGGAGCGGGAGGAGCAAGUGCAUCACGUCAUAACCGAGGCCAGCCUGAGGCUGCACGACAACCAGCACAGUCCCACCGCGCCCUCGGCCGCCCGCCUCAACCUCAAUCCCGACGAGCGCCUCUUCUACGAGUGCUGCAACAUCCUGAAGAGCGCCGAGCGCGGCGGCGGCGGCGGCAACGGCUCCUCCGCGGGGCCCACAUCGGUGAUUGUGACUGCCGGCCGGAAGCAGCCACUGCCGCCACCGGCUUCCCCCUCGCCCUCACCGACGCCAUCGCCGCCGCCCUCUCCUCCGCCGCCAGCUUCCCGGUCGCAGUCGCCGUCGCCAUCGCCGCCGCCAACCAUCCCCAUGGAUCCCCGGAGACCGCGAUCUCCAGUGCUAGGCGCGGGACCCCCUCCGCCGGCAGCUCCCGCCGUCUGCCACCAGCCGGUGAUCCAGCAGAUCUUCCGGAAUCCUCCAGCCGUCGCGCCCACCACAACGCCCACGAACCACCAUCGGCUGUCGCCCAGCUACUCGGCCGUCUCCCAGUUCUCGGGCACCACCACCACCUCCCGGUUCAAGACCAAGGCCGCCAUGAAGGGCUACGAGAACGUGAACCUCCAGCUGGACCUGCUGGAGCUGCCCAAGGCCGGACGCCAGGUCCAGGUCUGCAAGCUGACGGAACUGGCGGACAUUGCCCUGGGAAGCGAGAAGCCGGGCGGCGACUUCCUGGCGCACCUCCCGCCGGCGAACGCGGCGCCACCACUGCCACCGACAGCGCCGGCUCCGGUGCCUCCACCGCCCGCGAUGCAGCAAACCAUGACGGCGACGCCUACGGUGACGCCCACCGUGACGCCGACGGGGGCCAUGGAGCAGCAGCAGAGCUCCACGUCCUCGAAGACCAUCAUGCACGCGUCGAUCAUCAAGGCGGCGGCGGGCGUGGCCAGCUCGGCGACCCUGCCGCCGGUCUCCGGGCGGAUCAUCAUUCCGGAACGGCCGUUCAAGAACAUCGGGCUGGAGGAGAAGGCGCCGAUCACGUUCCAGAAGCCGAAGACGUGCGUGAAUCUCCUACAGGAGCAGGACAACAACAGUGUCUCCACGGCCAGCUACUCGGACCGGGACGACUACGACUUUGGCACGCUGAGCUGUGACGGAGAUGUGGAGCCGGAACCGGAGCCGGAGCCGCCGGUUAGGGCGCCCGGUACCGGAGAAGUGGCGCUGGUGCCGCCAGUGGAUGUGGGGCGGGUGGGUGCUCCCCAAGGGGCAACCGGCGGCCGUACUGUGUCCACGUCCAGCUCGUCGUCGUCGUCCUCCUCGUCGCCGGAGAACAGUCGUAGCCGGAGCCGGAGCAGCAGUAGCAGCAGUUCCAGCCGGGCCACCGCCAAGACCUUCGAGAACAAGUCCCUCAUCAUGGGCCGGAUCUUCAAGCACGCCAGCAGUGCCAAGCACUCGGCCCCGGUGGUGACGCCUGCGGCUGCGGCCAUGCCGGUACCGGGAGCGGGUAAUCCAGUGCCCAGCCUGGCCAAGAUCAAGGCGCUGCCCAAGAACCAGGCGAAUCUGGACCAGAUCUUCGACGAACUGCGCUCCGGCGGCGCUGGCAAGGCGCCCGACAUGGAUCCUCCGCCGGCGGCUGUCCAGGAGAGCUGGCAGCACCAGCAUCACCAGCAUCACCACCACCACCAUCAGCACCAGCACCACCAUCACCACCAGGUGGAGCCGAUGGCGGCACCCGCUGCUCCCGCCGCUCCGGCGGCCAUGCCGGCGCCCAGUGCCCUGCCACCCGGCCGGAAGACCAAAACGCCCGCCGGGAAUGCCCGGAAGAAGCCGCAAACAAAGGCACAGGCGCCACCGGCGGCCACUGAGACCUCCUCCAGCCGGAAACCACGCAAGGACCUGACCAAACUGCAGACGGAGCUGGGCAUGAGUCCCGAGGAGAUCGAGCAGCUGAUCGACGAGGGCCAGCGGAAGUCGAAGCGCAGGUGCGCCACCAACCGACCAAAGAAGCUGGUGGAGACCUGGAGCUCCGACGAGUACGAGGAGUUCCUCUCCACCAAGGACAUCAUAGCGCUGAUCGAGCAGAAGGAGCAGCAGGAGCAGCGGCGCAAGCGCAAGACCAGCGAAGCUAGCACCCAGCCGGACCCGGUGCCCACUCCUCCAGCAGUGGCCACCAAAAAGGCGACCACUCCGCAGCGGAAGAAUCGGGAGAAGAAGUCGGUGCCGGCCGUGGAAGUGGAGGCCGAGGUGGAGCUUCCACCCAAGCCGCCGAGGGGUGGCAAGAGGAAUCAAGCUCUUCCAGCCCCUCCUGCCGAUCCGCCAGUGGCUCCAGCGAAGGGCAGGAGCAAGGCCACGGCUCCCAAGGCGCCAAAGUCCGCCGCCACCAAGGCCAGCAACUCGCGGAAGCGGCGAGCCAACCAGAAGCUCAAGGAGAAGGAGGAGUCCGAGCCGGAAGACGAGCCGGCGGAGCGAGAGCUGCUGGUCGAUCCACCGACCAGGACGCGCAGCUCCCGGCAGCCCAAGAGGGUCAAAGUUAAGCCGGCCAGUGAACCGGAUCCGACGCCACCAAAGGAACGCCAAAAGGCUCGAAAUAGCAACCAGACCGCCGCCAGGACUCUAGUUUCCACUCCAGAUCCCACCCCUGUUGCUGUCCCCGUCUCCGCCAGUGCCCGGAGCAGCUCCUCCACCACCAACAACAACAACAACAGCACCAGCAGCAACAAGAACCUGAAGACGAAGCGGAAGUCGCAAGCGAAUCGCCAGUCUCCGGCCCGCCGGAAGCGACCGGCCAGCGAGAAGCAGCUCUACUACUGGAGCAGUUCCAGCGACGAUGAGUUCGGGCGCCUGGAGGCCGACGGCGAGGGCAGUCGAACGGGUGACCGCGGAGCUGGAGGGAGCACAGGUGGCCAAGGAUCUGCGUCCGGCGGCGGGGGAGAGCGACUGGAAAUGGAGCCGACAGAGGCGGAGGAGGAGGCGGAGGCCUCGCCCUCGCCCGGCAAGCACUUCGACGACAGCGAGCCGUAUCAGAAGCACGGCUGGAUUGUGGGCGACUCGCACAAGAAGCUAGUGAAGCUGCUGGCCAUCGCCAAGGGCAGCAAGAAGGUGGACAACUGCGGCGUCAAGCGGCGAACGCAGAAGCGCAAGUGCUAGGAGUGCUGGGAGUGGCUCUUGGAGUGGAACUGGAACUGGAACUGGAAGUGGAAGGGAAAGUGGGAGAGUUGGAGCACAAGAACGAAUAGGAAUUAAUGCAUAAGGAUCACCUGGAAGAGUCAAUAGCCAUAGGCAGCUGACAACCCAUCGCCAUCGAUCAUAAUACGGAUCACGUACGAGUACUGCCAUUGUGUCAUCGUUAAUCAUUACGGCCAGCGCCAGGAGAGGAUCAGGGGCGUGUCAUUUCAUGUCAUGUCGUGUUGUAAAGGAUGCAUGCGGAAGGAGCAAGGACGGAGCAUGAGGAGGAGGAGGAGGAGGAGCUGCACUAGCAUGGACUAUAAGCAUCUCCUGGCCUGGUCCCAUUAACCGUAAUGCGGAGUAUAUGCAACGUAUUUUUUCUUUCUUUUAAACAUCUAAGCGUUACAUUAUUUAGGUUUUUUUUUUAUUAAAUGUAUUUAUAAUUAAUAAACAAAACAAACAAAAACAGAAAAGCGAAGAGAAACAAAUAUAAAUUUGAGCACAA